ACACACACACACACUCAGUAGCUCCGUUCCUCCGUUCGCGAGUAACCGUGAAGGAGGAGGCGAGCGCGAUCAGACCUCCAGGUGUGUGUAGAUGCGCGCGCGCGCGUGUGUGUGUGUGUGUGUUCCAGUCACACCUGGUUGCAUCAUGUGAUCAGAUACCUGGGCGUGGAGCGAGCGUUCAGUGUGUUAUUCGUUAACGGGAAUCCCGGAACCGCAGAUCUCUGUCUCUACACGCGUGAGUGACAUGUGAACUUUCCGUGCACCGGGAAUCUAUUCCUCUCAGUCUGAAGGGAAUCCGUGGUCUGGACGCUGCAACUACUGCCAAGGUUUUCCCACUCAUCUUCAUCUGGGGCAGCAGACUGUAAGAUAUCUCGAGACCAAACGAUAGGAGGACAGGACAGAGGACAACACAAGCUGGACCACGUCUCCACCUGAGCUCUGUUUUAAUGCACCAAGUAAGUUGCUUCAACCCUUUAUAACACCGCAAACAGCCUGCAGAGUCGUGGAGGUUGAACAGACAGACAUCUCACUCUUAUGUCAAGCAUCAAUUAAAGCAAUUUUCGCCUUGGAACAAUGGCCACCUGGUUACCAGCUGUCCUACUGGUGCUACAAGUAACCACUGCAUCUUCUGAAGAGCCCAUACUGGAGUUUUCCACCGAUACACCCAUCAAUAAUGUGGCACAGGACCCGCAGACUGGCCGUAUUUACCUGGGUGCUGUCAAUGCCAUUUAUCAGUUGAACUCUUCAUUGUAUCUUGAGGCCAGAGCUGAAACGGGGCCCAAGAAAGAUGCGAGGGGUUGUACCCCUCCGGUGUCUACUUGUCAGGACUUGAAAGACACCAACAACACCAAUAAACUCUUGCUGGUUCAUUCGGAUAAUGGGUCGCUGAUAGUCUGUGGAAGCUUAUACAGAGGAAUCUGCUCUCUACUCAACCUCACUAACGUCAAAGAGCAGAUAUACUACAGCGACAGCAAAGGAGAGCGGACCUAUGCCACCAGCACAGAAGAGCACGUUUCCGUGGUAGGAGUCAUGGCCGUGCUUGAAAUUGACAAUAAACCAUUCAGCGUCUUUUUAGUCGGGAAGGGCUAUGGAAGCAUGGAUAGCUCCAAACUCAUCAGCACCAGAAUCGUGCAGAACUACCGUGACUGGGUCGUGUUUGAGAGCAUCAUCGAGGCGUCUACGGUCCAGGCGGUUCCCUUCGUGCCCAAGUAUCUUCACGACUUCCGCUUCGCCUUCAAAAAUGACAACUUUGUCUACUUUCUCUUUUCACGCACUCUCGGCAGAACAGACAACAAGAACUUUACUUUCGUUUCGCGCCUCUGCGAGAACGACAAUCACUAUUAUUCGUACACGGAGCUUCAGCUUAGUUGUGGUGUGAAGAAUCGUUACAAUAAAGUCCUGGCUGCAUAUUUGACAGACCCGGGGAAAGAGCUGGCCCAGGCCAUGUCUGAUUCCGGAGAGUACGGGAAUGUCCGGGAAUGGGAUAAAGUCUUGUUUGUGGUGGCUAGCUCGGAGGAAGGGGCCACCGAAUCAGCUCUGUGUAUGUAUCCCCUUAAAAACAUCAACCAAAAACUCUUGGCCAUCGUUACCGCAUGCUACACGAACAAUGGCAAGAUUGACGAAAGAUUAGUUGUGGAGAGUCCCUAUACGUCGAGUAAAGAUGAGCCGUGUGUCAAACAUGAUAAAGACAUAUUGAACCAGAACAAGUGCGGAGCAGAUUUUCUCCCGUCUCCAUUGGCCAGUCGACAGGAGUUUGCCUUGAAGGCCAAUCCGGUCUUCAUCAGGAAGAACCUGCUGACCGCAGUGGCCGUGGCUGUCGAGAAUGAUCAUACCAUUGCUUUUCUGGGACACAAUGCCGGAGAGGUGAUCAAGGUACAUUUGUCAAGCCAUCCAGAGGCGUACAACCCCGGUCCAGGCUACAAAACCAGCGGCUACAUAAAUAAGAACCUUUUCUUUGACAAAGACCAGGCACACUUGUACAUCACCACUGAGAAAAAGAUCACAAAGGUGCCCGUACAGGCCUGCCAUCUGAAGUCAGACUGCCAGUCGUGUGUCGCUCAGAGAGAUCCGUACUGUGGCUGGUGUGUCCUGGAGGGAAGAUGUACCAGGAGAUCGGAGUGCAGUCGCGCGGAGGAAAAGAACGGUUGGCUGUGGAGUCCGAUCCAACAGUGUGUGAAAAUCGUCUCUUUCCACCCGCCAAAUCUCAGCUGCUUGAAGUCCCAGCAGGUUGAGAUAAACGUCCGAGCGCUGCCGGUCCUCAGAGAUUCAGACCGUAUCCACUGCACCUUUGGCUCUUAUCAGAGCGUCGCCAAGAUGGUGGACGGCCGAAUCAGUUGCCGCUUACCUGAACAGCAUCUUAUACCAGCGACACCUGCGCACCAGGAUUUCGUGGCGGUUCCGGUCCACAUCUUUGUGAACGGUAGCGUGGAGGUGGCGUCCAGCGAGUACAAGUUCUACAACUGUGCAGCGACAGUCCGGAAAGCAGAAAAUACACCAUGCACUUCCUGUGUAAGCAGCGCUUGGGGAUGCCAGUGGAACAUUGUGGCUCAUACCUGCACGGAUCUGAGCGAUGCAGAAACUGGCGCCAAUAUAAUCAAACACAGACAGAACAAGAGCUGUCCACGGUUCGAGAAUCCAGAUCCCGUCCUUAUCCCGGUCGGAUACAAAACCCGGAUCAGUUUUGAGGGCAUCAAUCUGGACCCGUACAAGGGCCGUGAUUUCACCAUCGGAACAGAGCUGAUGAAGUUUGAGGAAGAUGUCAAGACAGAGCCGGUUCCCUUCUACUCUUUCAGCGGUUAUGUGUUUUCCUUUGACAAAGCUCACGAGACUAGCGUGCUGUUCCACGUAAGAGACAAAAAGACGGGAAAGAAGAUCGACAGCAGUCUUAGCGUCACUCUGUACAACUGCUCGCUGGGACGUGAAGACUGCAGCCUGUGUAAGAACGCCGACCCUAAAUACCAGUGUGUGUGGUGCACGCAGACCAGCUCGUGUGUGUAUGAGCUGCUCUGUGCCUCGAGAGAGCCGGACGAGUGUCCCGACCCCCAGAUCACUGAUAUCACGCCGAGAUUCGGGCCGCUGAAAGGAGGAAUAGCUGUCACUAUUAAGGGCUCAAACCUGGGCAUUCAGAAGGAUGACAUUAAGAACAUCACAGUGGCUGGAGUGCCGUGCAAACAUCUGCAGGAACGAUACUCCGUCUCCACCAGUGUGGCGUGUGAAAUCGGCCCGGCCAAAAUCGACAAAACCGGAGAGGUGGAAAUCAGUGUGGGCAGAGGAAAGAAAGGCAUAUCCACACAAGCGGUCCUCUUCACCUACAGGGAUCCUGUAGCACAGAGCGUGUCUCCUGAACGAGGUCCUAAAGCAGGAGGAACCAUCCUCACUAUCGCUGGGAUGAACCUGAACACCGCUUCAAAACAAGACCUUCAUGUCAUGGUGGGCGAUGUGCCCUGCCGAGUUGAGAGCUUUGGAGAGCAGAUCACCUGUAAACUGUCGGAGUAUCUGGGCGAUACGGUUCCGUCGCCUCACCUCACCAUCAGAGUCCAAUACGGCAAACACACCACAACCACUAUCAGCACGGCCUUUCAGUUCUCCAGCAACCCCUCUGUGUCCGACCAUCAACCCAGGAGCAGCUUCAUCUGUGGUGGCAGAGCAAUCCUGGUGGUGGGUUCUGGGUUUGACCUGGUCCAGAAGGCUUCUAUCAGGGUGGUGGCGUCGGCUGGAGAAUGGUCCAGACAGACCAUCCCAGAAGAGUUUGUAGAGAAGUGCACAUUCAAAAACGACACCUUGAUCACGUUUGUGUCACCUGCGGUCAAUGAGUCUCAGUUCUUCAGGACGUAUGUGCAGCUCGAUAACCUCCAGACCGAGCUGACACCGUUUGAGUAUCACCCCAACCCUACGUUUGAUCCCCUCAGCAAGACCGUUAUCACUGAGAACAGCAUGAUCAUUGUGAAUGGUCGUGGUUUUUCUAAAGCGAUGACGGCGAAAGAAGCGCAGGCGUUUGUGGGAGACAAAGAGUGUAACGUAAACACGUUACAGGAUGAAAAAUUAUUCCUGGACCCGCCGUCGAAAGUACCCAGUGCUCGAUCCAAGAGACAGAGGAGAGACACCGGCUCUGACCCGCUGGACCUGGUGAUUAAGUUUGGGAAUGGCGAGUGGUUGGUCGGCUCAGUCCGGUACGAGAGGAAGUACAGUCUCCCGCUGCCCAUCAUCAUCCCGGCGGUGCUCGUUCCCAUGCUGCUGAUUAUCGUCAUCUCCGUCCUCUGCUACAGGAGGAAGAGCCAGCAGGCAGAGCGUGAGUACGAGAAAGUGAAGCAUCAGCUGGAGAAUCUGGAGGAGAGUGUUCGUGACCGCUGCAAAAAAGAGUUCACAGAUCUGAUGAUUGAAAUGGAGGACCACGGCAAUGACAUCAGCGAGGGCCGGAUCCCCUUCCUGGACUACAAGACCUACACCGACCGCGUCUUCUUCCUGCCCUCGAAGGAUGGCGCCAACGACGUCAUGAUCACCGGCAAACUGGAUAUCCCAGAAUCCCGCAGGGCUACGGUCACCCAGGCACUGAACCAGUUCUCCAACCUCCUCAACAGCAAAACUUUCCUCAUCAAUUUUAUCAGAACGCUGGAGGGCCGUCCGGAUUUUAAUGCCAGGGCCAAAGUGUAUUUCGCGUCUCUGCUGACCGUAGCGCUUCACGGGAAACUGGAGUAUUACACAGACAUCAUGAGGACGCUUCUGCUGGGGCUCAUGGAGGACUACGUUCACAGCAAGAACCCUAAACUGCUGCUCCGCAGGUCUGAAACGGUGGUGGAAAGGAUGCUGAGUAACUGGAUGUCCAUCUGUCUCUAUCAGUACCUGAAGGACAGCGCUGGAGAGCCGCUCUACAAACUCUUCAGGGCCAUCAAGCACCAGAUUGAGAAGGGGCCUGUGGACGCACAGGUCAAGAAAGCCAAAUACACGCUGAACGACACCGGCCUUCUGGGAGAUGACGUGGAGUACAUUGUGCUGACGCUGCAGGUGCUGGUUCAGGGCGAGGGGCCGGACAUCACCCCCGUGAAGGUGCUGAACUGUGACACCAUCUCUCAGGUGAAGGAGAAGAUCAUCGAGCAGGUGUACAAAAACCUGCCGUACUCUCAGAGACCCAAAGUAGACAGCGUCACCCUCGAAUGGCGGCCCGGCUCCACGGGACAGAUCCUGUCAGAUCUAGACGUGUCGUCACAGAAGGAGGGCAGGUGGAGGCGCAUCAAUACGUUGGCCCAUUAUAACGUACGUGAUAAUGCGACGGUGGUCCUCUCCAGAGUUCAGCACACACAUCAGUCCUACGAGCAAAAUCAUGAUAACCAUGAAGAGAGAAACGCCCUGCUGGAGGAUGAUAAAGUGUUUCAUCUGGUGCGACCGGCCGAUGAGCUGGACGAGAUGAAAUCUAAGAGAGGCAGCAUAAAGGACAAAUCCAUGACCAAAGCCAUCACUGAGAUCUAUCUGACCCGACUGCUCUCCGUCAAGGGAACGCUGCAGCAGUUCGUGGAUGAUUUCUUUCGCAGUGUGCUCUGUUCUGGCACCACCGUCCCGCCAGCAGUUAAAUACUUUUUCGACUUCCUGGAUGAGCAAGCCCUCAGACACGAGAACGUAGACGAGGAAACCAUACACAUCUGGAAGACCAACAGUUUGCCAUUACGUUUCUGGGUGAACAUACUGAAGAACCCUCACUUCAUUUUUGACGUGCAUGUGAGCGAGGUCGUGGACGCAUCUCUGUCCGUCAUCGCUCAGACCUUCAUGGACGCCUGCACAAAAACUGAGCACAAACUCAGUCGUGAUUCUCCCAGCAACAAAUUACUGUAUGCAAAGGAGAUCUCCACCUACAAAAGGAUGGUAGACGAGUACUAUAAAGGAAUCCGGCAGAUGGUGUCAGUCAGUGACCAGGAAAUGAACACACAUCUGGCUGAAGUGUCAAGGGAACACACAGAUAAACUGAACACACAAGUGGCUCUUCAUCAGCUCUACCGGUACGCCAGCAAAUACUACGAUGGGAUCAUCAAGUCUCUGGAUGAAGAUCCUGCCGCUCAGAGUAAACAGUUAACACUGAGACUGCAGCAGAUCGCCGCAGCGCUGGAGAACAAAGUGACCGACCUCUAACCCUGCCAGAGAGAACGAUGAGCCUACACUCUGUCUGUAUUUAGCUCAUCACUAUAAUCAGAUGUUCAAUUUCUUCCUGUGUAGAGACAAAGGUUUUAAGAAUCGUAUUCUAUAUUUUUUUUAAUGUGCGGUCUUUAUUCAGAAAGCUUUAUAAGAGGAAAAUAACUUUUUAAAUAGAUGGCCUUGUGUCAGUUUUUUUUUAAAGCUUCUGUUUGUGUGUGUGCGAUUGUGUGUAUGUGUGUGUAAAAGGAUGCCUAUAUUUUGACCAAAAGGGAGCUGCCCAUGUCCCUGCAGUGUGUGUGAGCCGGGGGUGUGCCUACGGUGAGGUCACAUCUGGUCUCGUCCAAUCAAAAGCAACUGAAGGUGACAGCAGGAAUUGCGUGGGAUGUGUUCGUAACAGCAUACUAGCAUACUACCAAUACUGUUUCUGCAGUAUGUACUGUAUGUGUAGGGUGUGCAAAUGUUCUUUAACUGUAACAUUUGCCAAAACAUACAGUCAGAUUUACCGCUGUUAUUCGGUGUGUUUUUCCAUUGACACAUCCAUGCUGAAAUUUCGCAAAUGAGACCACACGUUCAAAUUAGAGUACACUGCACUAGGUACUAUAUCCCACAAUGCAAUGCACUCAUCUUGGCCUUUGAUUUCUAGCGUGAUCUAAUAUCAUCUAUCAUUAUUAACAGCUCCUUUUAAACUCAUUAUUUGAGUAAAAAUUGGGACAUUUCUACACAAAAUAGUGUAUGUUAUUCCAAACGUAUCAAAUGGCCUUCCAUUUCAUAACCACUUAUUUCAGUUCAACCUUAUGAACUCACUAGUAGAUCCACAGAAAAUCAAAACAGGCAAUAAUAAAGAAAAAAUAAGUUUGUCAUGAGGCAUUUCUUUUUUUAGCGCAUGAGUACCUGUGAAAAGUCUUUUUUUCAGAAAAUCGUUUUAUUUUGAAAGCUUCACUACUGACUGAAUUUAUUAAGUAAAGCACAAAUUGAUGAUGUACAGGACAGAUUUUUGGCUGUUCCUGAUAGAAAUGUGUUUCUUUCUGAGACAGGCUCUGUGCAAGAUUGUAAAUGCUCUGCUUGCAUAGACUGUGUUUCUGGCAUAAGAUGGUUGAGCAAAGCUGAGAGGAUUGACUGAAAACUUCUCGUCUGACUCUUUGCAGCUCUGUUGGAAAGGUUUUAGAUGUGCGAUCUGGAUCGUUAAUGGCUUUAUUUUGGCAGGGAGGAUAAUGACACAUUCAUUUGUUUUGUUAUUCGCCACUAAACAAGAUGGUACUAUAGCACUCAGCCAAAAUUCUGCUCCUAGAGACGCUUUUAUCUUUGGACAAAACCUUUUUUACAGCUAUGUGACAUUUGCAAUUGAUGAGUGUCUUAAAGACGUCAAAAAAAGGCUUGGAGCUUUUUGUUUUGUUACUGGCUGAAAAAAAAAAUCGAAUUGCUACUGCGAAUCGGAGCAGGUUUGUAUAAUUUAGAGGAAAGGGACAGU